AUGGCGUCGAAACCCGACAUUGAGAACUCGAGAAUUCGCCUAGGGUGGCCAAGACCGUUCAUCGAGGAACCUGUCGGCUGUUUGGGCGUCGAAUCCAAGGAACCAUCACCACGGUGGCAUGCGGUUUGUCUCUUCAUUCUCUGCGCUGCCGGCUUUGUGACGCAACUUCUGGUGGCACUGUCUGUUCCAUGGGCGUCUACCACCACCACCCUCUGGGCUCUCGGUGCGCUGUAUGUGACAGGAUGGCGACCAAGAACAGCCUCAGUCCUGCUUUUCGUGGAUCUCCUGGUCAUAUUCAUUGCUGGGGCAUAUCUCCUCGCCGUGGGCUUCUACAAAGACUUCAACGUCAGGAAUGCAGUCCUUACUUUCGCGAGCACUACUCUGGCGGCCAUUUCAAUAGCCAUGGUCGUCAGUAUGCCUCUCCGGGACCCAUCCUUGAGCCGAGCCGCAAUCAGCCGUCCCUUCAGUGUUCCUUCUAGUGCCUUUCGGUCUCCCGAAGACGACUUGACGCUUCUGCAAUGGAUGACAGUCUCCUGGAUCGCGCCCCUGAUCAGGGUGGGCAACAAGCGCCAACUCAACGACGAAGAUGUAUGGCUCCUACCAUACGAAUUCCAACAUCGCCAGCUUCAUGAUACUUUCCGCGAGCUCAAAGGAAGUGUUGUUAGACGGUUGUUGAAAGCCAACUGGAUUGACUUGGUCCUGCUCACAAUCCUAGCAAUCAUCGAGCUCGCUGCAAACUAUUCCGCGCCCGUCAUUCUACAGAAGCUCCUGCAAGCCAUGGAGAGCAUCGAUAUCGAGAAGCGUUCUGCCAUCCAGUGGGCAUUGCUCAUCCUCGUUGUGCGACUCAUUGCAGCUCAGAGCGCAGUCUUUAGUUUAUGGUUUGGAAGAAGGUGCUAUGAGCGUUCUCGGGGCGAAAUGAUCACGAUGUUGUACGCAAAGACAUUGAAUCGGAAGAUAUUAGGCGGGAUUCCGCAGGAGGCUGAAAGAAAGCUAGGGCCAGAGGGAGAAACCCCUCCUGAUGCAUGCGAGGCGGAAGAGACAGGAGCUCAGCCGGAAACCGAACAGCUUUUCACCGGGCAAGUCCAGCGACCGAAGAGUCUUGCCAGCCGAGCACAAGAAAGAAUUCAAAAGGUGAAGUCGUUCUUUGUACUCAAGAGGCAGGUGGAGGUCGAGAGGAAACUGCCCGCCUCAAUGGGGAAGAUCCUGAAUCUGUUUCGUAACGAUGCUUACGAAGUUGCUCAACGUUUCUGGGAAUUUCAGACUCUCAUCAACAAGCCUCUUGGCCUGGUGCUCUCUGUCAUCCUCAUCUGGCAACUGCUUGGGUGGCCAUCCUUUGUUGGCGUUGCAGUUGUCAUAGUUGCUCAGUUUUUGAACUACCUCCUUGCCCGAGUCCUUCUCAGUUGGGAAAAGGAACGCCGCAAAGUCACAGACAUCAAGCUGCAAAAGAUCACUCAAUAUGUCGAGGCCAUCAGACAUCUGCGAUGGUAUGGAUGGCAUUUUGCAUGGCUUGACGGCAUCAUGACGGCGCGGCAGAAGGAGCUCAACUUGAGAAUCAUUACCUUUCUGUUGAAUGCGACGAUCAAGACUUUGAACUCAUUUGCAAGCGGCAUACUUCCAGUAGCGACCUUCUAUGCUUACACUGUCAGCGCGAGACAGCAGCUGCGGAUCGAUGUUGCCUUCCCGGCGUUGCAGCUCUUCUCGCUAUUGCAGGCCAAUAUCCGCGAACUCCCGAGUCUCAUCACAGUCUUAUUGAACGCCUCCGUCGCAGUUGGGCGCAUCUCAGACUUCAUUGCAGAACCGGACAAGGUCGAUGAGGCAGAAUCCAGCCACUUACCCAGCGAUCAUGAUCGCCUAGAGCUGGAAAACGCCUCCUUCUCAUGGCCAGGCCUUUCUGGCAUGGUGCUCCGCAAUCUCAGCCUCCCCUUCCCAUGCGGUUUGACCGUUGUGUUUGGUGAGGUGGCGGCGGGAAAGACCGCUCUCCUCCACGCUCUUCUCGGUGAGCUGGAUUUGCGCGAAGGGCAUCUGUACAAAACGCAAGCCGCGAUUGGUUAUUGUGCACAGACUCCUUGGCUUCAAAGCAUGAGUAUUCGAGAAAAUAUCCUCUUCAACUCGCCAUACGAGGAAUCCCGGUACAAGAAGACACUUGAAGCAUGCGCUCUUCUUCCAGACCUAGCCAACUUCAGACACGGCGAUCUGUCCGAGAUUGGCGAAAACGGCAUCGGCUUGUCAGGCGGACAAAAAGCGAGAGUAGCUCUUGCUCGAGCGGUGUACAGCCGAACGCCCGUCCUGCUUCUCGACGACCCUUUGAGUGCUCUAGAUCAACAAACGGUCGAAUGGAUUGUCACAAAGUGUUUGUGUGGUAGCCUGAUGGAGAACCGUAUCGUGGUGCUGGUCACACACCGGACUGACCUUUGCCAGCAUCUGGCGUCACAGCUCAUUGAACUCAUCGACGGCACAGCUGUGCUGCAUCGAAGUGAUGCGGAUCUUUCCAAGGUAACCUCGGCCACUGCAGUGGACGAGGAGCUUUCCGCGGAUAGCGGCAACGGCAUCGAUGAAUCAGCUGCAAUUCCUGACAAGUUUGUCGAAGACGAAUACCGAGCCCAUGGUGGGGUACAACUCCAGGUAUACUGGCAGUACAUCAAGGCCGGGACCAUACGAUGGUGGUUGAUGGUUGUUCUGACAGCGGCGGUUUGUCGCGCAACGUAUGUCGCAGAGAGUUGGUUCUUGAAGGAAUGGGGCGAGGCAUACAAUAAAGCCAAAACCCAGGUUCUGGCCCUUCAGAUCUUGGAUGCAGACAUCCACUUACUGCAGAGCUCAGUCUCCGGUCUCUUUGACAAAUUCCCCGACCCGGCCAUCAAUGUUCGUCCAUGGCUUUUCGGAUUUCUUGUCAUUGUGGCCUGUGAGACCGUGGGAUUGGUUGCGUCGCAGAUAUCAAUGUUGGUGGUCACGUACUCUGCCGCUCAGCGGAUGUUCCGGGUUAUAAUGGAGCGUAUCAGCAAUGCGACCUUCCAGUUUUAUGAUGUGACGCCGGUGGGAAGAUUGAUGAAUCGGUUGACCUCGGACAUUGGUACCAUCGACGGUGGAAUCGCCGAACUGUUCCUGGUUGUGAUCUGGUACGCUGUCGCUUGGGUCUCCUCCAUGAUUGUUAUUGCCAGCAUUACACCGGCGUUUCUGUUGUUCGCCAUUGCGCUGACUCUGGCAUUUGUUAUGAUCUUCUUGCGAUUUCUGCCGACGUCACAAAGUCUGCGGAGGCUUGAAAUGGUCUCGCUGACGCCUUUGAUGUCAAAUUUCGGAGCCUUGCUGAACGGUUUGAUGACAGUCAGGGCGUUUAGUGCUCAGACGCAAUUCCAGGAGAAGAACAUCCAGGUCACCGACGCGUUCCAGAAGAUGGACCACUUCUAUUGGAGUUUGCAAGCUUGGUUGAUGUACCGGUUCGAUACUCUGUCGGCAGUAUCGACCUUCCUCCUCACUCUUCUUGCCAUCUUUUCCAACUUGUCGGCUGGCCUCACAGCGUUCGUGCUGAUAUCGGCCAACAAAUUUGUUCAAGCGACCCACACAAUCUGCAAGUCGUACGGCCAGCUCCAACUCAACUUCGUGUCAGUGGAGCGAGUAAUCGAGCUGGCUCAUGUUGAACAAGAACCGCCCAGUUCCAUUGAGCCGCCUGCGGCAUGGCCGAAGUAUGGAAGUGAUGUCGUAUUCGAGAACGUCACGAUCCGGUACCAGCCACAUCUUGAGCCAGCGAUCAAAGAUGUUUCGGUUCGCUUCGAAGGCGGCUCGACAAAUACAAUCACCGGAAGGACUGGGUCCGGCAAGUCAACUUUAGCUCUGGCGCUAUUAGCGACAGUCGCACCAGAGUCCGGUCGCAUCUCGAUCGAUGGUAUUGAUAUUGCCAAAGUCAAUAAGCAGAUAUUGAGGAGCAGGGUAACCUUCUUAGCCCAAGAACCUAUGCUCUUUCCGGGUUCCUUGCGCCACAAUCUGGACCCGAUGGUGGAACAUUCUGACGUGGCUUGUGCAAGUGUGCUCUCGGGAGUCUGCGGGAAAUACGGAUGGACAUUGGAAACACAGAUUGAUGAUGGCGGGCGGAACUUGAGCCAAGGUCAGAGACAGCUUGUUGGGCUCGCUCGAGCGAUAUUGCGGAGAAGCGCAAUUGUUAUCAUGGACGAAGCGACUGCUAGCAUUGAUCUAGAGACGUCAGCAGAGAUCCAGCGCGUACUGAGAGAAGAGUUGAAAGAGAGCACGAUCAUCACCAUUGCGCAUCGUGCAGCCGCAAUGGAGAAUGCUGACUUCUGUGUUUCACUGGCCGCUGGCCGUGUUUUGCACCAAGGAAAAUCCGCUGGGCCUGGGUCUUGA